AUGCAGCUCAAACCGAUGGAGAUUAACCCCGAGAUGCUGAACAAAGUGCUGAGCCGGCUGGGGGUCGCCGGCCAGUGGCGCUUCGAGGACGUCCUGGGCCUGGAGGAGGAGUCUCUGGGCUCGGUGCCGGCGCCGGCCUGCGCGCUGCUGCUGCUCUUCCCGCUCACGGCACAGCAUGAGAACUUCAGGAAAAAACAAAUUGAAGAGCUGAAGGGACAAGAAGUCAGUCCCAAGGUGUACUUCAUGAAGCAGACCAUUGGCAACUCCUGUGGAACCAUCGGACUCAUUCACGCGGUGGCCAAUAAUCAGGACAAGCUGGAGUUCGAGGAUGGGUCCGUUCUGAAACAGUUUCUCUCUGAAACAGAGAAGUUGUCCCCUGAAGACAGAGCAAAGUGCUUUGAAAAGAAUGAGGCCAUUCAGGCAGCCCAUGAUGCCGUGGCACAGGAAGGCCAGUGUCGGGUAGAUGACAAAGUGAACUUCCAUUUUAUUCUGUUUAACAACGUGGAUGGCCACCUCUAUGAACUUGAUGGACGGAUGCCUUUCCCGGUGAACCAUGGCACCAGCUCAGAGGACUCGCUGCUGCAGGACGCCGCCAAGGUCUGCAGAGAAUUCACUGCGCGUGAGCAGGGGGAGGUUCGCUUCUCGGCUGUGGCCCUCUGCAAGGCAGCCUAA